CCACGAGUUAUGCAUCAUCACCGUCCAAUGUCUUCUAGACGGCGGCAAUGAGGUACUAGUGGAUUGAAGUCCCGCGGCACGUUGGAGUAUUGUGCGUCAGCUAUUUUGGGAUUGCGGUGAUUCGUGAGGUAUAUACUUGGAGUUGGACCUUGACUUCUUAGACUUUAUUGUCCUUCUUUGCAAGGUUUUUAUUCAGAUUGAAAGCGAUCGAAACUCGAGCUUUACAUCAUGAAUUUGCUCCUCAAUUCCGUCAAAGGACUUCCAUUCUUGAUUGGAUGCGUCAUAGCCUCAGCAAGUUAUCCCGCAAUUCCGAGUGAUCUCACAACACCUGUGCAGCAGAGACUCGCCAUCAAUGGCGCAAAUGCUAUCUCAGUUGGCUGGAAUACAUAUGAACAAUUGAGCAAUCCUUGUGUUCAAUAUGGUACUUCCAGUGAUGCACUUACUCUGGAAGCCUGCUCGACCACAUCAGUCACGUAUCCAACUUCUCGGACCUGGUCAAAUGCCGUUGUUCUUACUGGUUUGACUCCAGCUACCACUUAUUACUAUAAAAUUGUGUCAACCAAUUCAAGCAUCGAGCACUUCUUCAGUCCCCGUGUAGCUGGUGACAAGACAGCAUUCAAGAUGAGUGCUGUCAUUGAUUUGGGAGUUUAUGGAGCGGAUGGAUAUACCAUUUCGAUGGAUGCCACCAAGCGAGACACCAUUCCUACCAUUCAGCCAGCAUUGAAUCAUACCACGAUUGGUCGUCUUGCUGACAAUAUCAAUGACUAUGAGCUGGUUGUACAUCCUGGAGAUUUUGCCUAUGCUGAUGACUGGUAUGAGAAGCCAAAGAAUCUCUUCGACGGCGUCAACGCAUACGAAGCCAUCCUCGAACAAUUCUACGACCAACUCGCUCCCAUCGCAGGUCGCAAAGCCUACAUGGCCAGCCCCGGAAACCACGAAGCCGACUGCGAAGAAAUCGACUACACCACCUUCCUCUGCCCAACCGGCCAAAAGAACUUCACAGACUUCAUGAACAGAUUCGGAAAUACCAUGCCAACAGCUUUCGCAUCGACAUCUUCAAACAGCACCGCAAUGAUCAAUGCCAACAAAGCUCAACAACUCGCUAAACCUCCGUUCUGGUACUCGUUUGAAUACGGCAUGGUUCAUGUUACGAUGUUUGACACUGAGACCGACUUUACAGAUGCUCCUGACGGGCCAGAUGGAUCGGCUGGUCUGGAUAGUGGGCCUUUCGGUGCUCCAAAUCAACAGCUCCAAUUUCUCGAAGCAGAUCUUGCUUCUGUAGACCGGACUGUUACUCCUUGGCUCAUCGUUGGCGGUCAUCGGCCUUGGUAUUCUACUGGAGGAAGCAGCAACGUCUGCGGUCCCUGCCAGACAGCUUUCGAGCCUUUGCUCUAUAAGUACGGCGUCGAUUUGGCUAUCUUCGGUCACGUGCAUAAUUCUCAACGCUUCAUGCCUGUGAAUAACAGUGUUGCUGAUCCAGCUGGGCUGAACAAUCCGAAGGCACCGAUGUAUAUUGUGGCUGGUGGAGCGGGGAAUAUUGAGGGGCUGAGUUCGGUUGGAAGUAAUUUGACGUUUAACGCUUUUGCUUAUGCGACUGAUUUCAGCUAUGCGACAGUCAGCUUGCAAGAUGCGAAUCAUUUGCAGGUUGAUUUCAUUAGAUCGGCGACCGGGGAGGUCUUGGAUAGUUCGGUGUUGUAUAAGGAGCAUACUGAGCAGUUUGUUGUGCAGUGAGGAUUGGGAGGGUGAGACAAAAUAAUGAAAUCUUCUCUCAACGGUCUGAUAAAAGAGUAAUCGUCACUUGUUACUUGGGUCUAAUCAUUUUCUUAAAAAUAAAUC